UUCAGAAAUUAGGGUUUCACUCUAUCGGCGCCUCUUCGUCUCCUUCACUGCGAAGUCUCUCGAGUUGGGAAAUUUUCAGAGCCACAGAUACGAAGAUGGGUCACUCUAACAUCUGGAACGCGCACCCCAAGAACUACGGACCUGGAUCGCGCACUUGCCGCGUUUGUGGUAAUCCUCACGGGAUUAUCAGGAAAUACGGUCUCAUGUGUUGCAGGCAGUGCUUCCGCAGCAACGCCAAGGAGAUUGGUUUCGUUAAGUACCGCUAAGGCGACGGAAUCCUACAACGAAGGAAGUGCUUGUGACAUGCAGCAUUUGUCCUAGAACACUUCUUGUUUCAAUUUUCGAUUUUCAAGCUUGAAUUAUUAUGUUUACCUGACUUUGGGAUAUUUCUUUUCAUCUUCGUGUAGUUGAACAAUAUUUAUUACCCUUUAAUUGUUUUCCAAUGAAAUGAUUAGUAAUAUGUUUUCAUU